UUUCCUUUCUCUGCGUUCUCUGUCUCUCUCUCCUUCCCUCUCCCCUCGCUGCUUAUUGUUUCCAAAAAAUACAUUUAACUUCUCUCUAUAUAUUCAUAUCUUUAUCUUCGAGUCCCGGUGCUCCCCUUUCCCUUUCCUUUUCUAUUUUCUUUAUAAUUUCCGCCCUCCUAUAUCCUGUUUCAAUAUUAAACAAACCCCAAAACAGUUUUUAAUCAUCUAAAAUAUUUAUUUUUCUAAAAAAAUCAUUUCCUGUUUUUUGUUUGCUUUUGAUGUUGGCAUGGCCGGUUUAGAUUUAGGCACUACUUCUCGUUACGUACACCAGCUCCACCACAGACCUGACCUUCACCUCCAGCACCAGCCUGAUCCUGAAGACCACGAUUCCAAUAGGGCUGGAGGCGGUCUUGGAGGUGGCAGUGGUGGUCACUUCUCUACUGACCACCACCACGACGAUGGUUCGCACCAAGGUCUUGACCUUGUUGCCGCCGCGGCUAACUCCGGGCAAGGAGACUUAGUUGGCCGUAGGCCUCGAGGCCGUCCACCUGGUUCUAAAAACAAACCGAAGCCUCCUGUUAUCAUUACUCGCGAGAGUGCCAACACACUGCGUGCCCACAUUCUUGAAGUAGGAAAUGGGUGCGAUGUAUUCGAGUGCGUGGCUAACUACGCGCGGAGACGGCAGCGCGGGAUUUGCAUACUGAGCGGAGCAGGGACAGUAACAAAUGUUAGCAUCAGGCAACCAGCUGCAGCAGGAGCUAUUGUGACUCUCCAUGGCAGAUUUGAGAUCUUAUCUCUGUCUGGAUCUUUCUUGCCACCUCCAGCUCCACCUGGCGCAACGAGCCUCACAAUCUUCCUUGCUGGGGGACAAGGCCAGGUGGUGGGAGGAAGCGUGGUAGGAGAGCUUACCGCAGCAGGGCCGGUUAUAGUGAUUGCAGCAUCCUUCACAAACGUGGCAUAUGAGAGGCUGCCUUUGGGUGAGGAUGACCAAUUGCAGAUGCAGAGUGGUGGUGGGGGUGGAGGUGGUGCCGGUGGUGGUGGUGUUGGGAAUAGUCCUUUUAAUGAAUCGGGAACGCCUUCUGGGGGGCUGCCGUUCUUUAAUUUGCCGCUUAAUAUGACCGCUAACGUGCAGUUGCCAGUGGAUGGAUGGGGAGGGAACUCAGGCGGUAGGGUUCCCUUUUGAGAGAAAUAAUCAAAUAGGUUGCUGGUGAUUUCGUGAUCUGUGAUAUUAUGGAAGCCGAGUGAGGCAGUGUUGGAUUGGAGCGGCUUGCUUUGGUUGGCAUUAAUGGGCUCGUUGAAUCAUAAAAGGUCAGAAAAAUUCAUGGAUUAUCAGUACUCAAGAUCACGAUCUUGUUACUUCUUCUUCUCCUCCUCCUCCUUGAUCUUAUGGUGAUGUUUCUAGGGUAUAACUUCUUUCUUUCUCAGUCAUUUCUUCUCCUUUUCUUUUUUUUUUCUUUUAGUUUCUGAUGGUUCCUGAAAAUAGCCUCCUUUUUCAUUAUGAAACUAUCUUCUUCUUUAUGAGAAAUGGUUUGAGGAUGUAUUGACUAUCUUAAUUGAAAACUCCAACUUACUUAACUUUGGUGAUGCUGAUAUACAUCAACUAGGGUUUCUUUC